GAGCGUGGGGUCACGUGUCCAGACCUGGUUAAGUGUCUGCAGUUUUUCCACAGCGUUCUCCAACGUUCCACGUCCUCCAGACGAUACGUUGAACACACGCUUCCAGACGCCCGCGUUGACAUUUAGUUUAUAGGAGGAGAAAGAGCAGCUCUGCCCGAAACGCUGUUUACUGGUGACUAGUUUCUAGUGGCUGAAUGAUUCUACCCUUUGUUUGUUUUCAUGUUUCAUCAUCAUUAUUAUCAGGUUGACGUUAUGGCAUCAGCUGCUUUACAAAAACAAGUGUAACUGAGAAUAAGUGCAUGUAACAUGUUUGGUUUCCAAGACUCUUCUCGUAACGUAGUUUUUUCCUUCUUCAUCCAGACCUCGCGUCCCUGUGUCUUGAGCAGAGUUGUGUUGUUUUGUGAUAAUCGGCAUGAACAGACCGGAGCUUUGAUUCUGUUAAACCUGUGAGAAUGAAGUGGCUGCAGGUGAGACGGAGAACACGAGCUGAGCCCUGAGCUGCUCGGAGCCGCGUGAGGUUUCCAUGGAGCCUGAACAAAACCAUCUGGACUGAGGAAUGUGCUUUGGAAACGGGCCCUGCAGCAGCCGGCCGGUGCCGUGACGUCCUGAUAAGAGCUGGGCCUCAGCGUCGGCCAAAUGGAAAAAAGUUUAUAUAAAGGUGUUCGAAGGAGCAUAAGAAGCCACGAGAUGGUGAUAACGGGGUGAGAGGAGAGGAAGUUGAGGAAAACUGUGUUCGCUGGAGGAAGAGGUUCACCUUCGUGUCCAAGCUGAGCGCCAACCCCCACACGGGCGUCCUGGACCCGUCUGUGUGCAGGCUGUCCGUGAGGAAGGAGCUCAAAGGAGGCAAAGCUUAUUCGAAGCUGGGCUUCACAGACCUCAACAUGGCGGAGUUUGCGGGUUGUGGCUCCACCGUGCGCUGCUGCCUGCUGGAGGGCUACGACACCAAGAACACGCGGCAGGACAACUCCAUACUAAAGGUGAUCAUCGGGAUGACCCUCCUGUCUGGAGACCCCUGCUUUAAAACGGCUCCCAGCACAGCGAAGUCCAUCUCCAUCCCAGGACAGGAACACGCCCUGCAGCUGGACUGCAAGGGCGAGGGAACCGCGGAGCCUCCAGCUGCAGGCGUCUCCAUGGGGCGGGCGCUCAAAGCCCGGCCCUCCAUCGUCAGCUCAGGUCUUCUUGAAGAAUCUGAAGUGAACCAGAACCAGAACCAGCCCAGUCCUGCAGAGCUUUUCCAGUCUGGUCACUCUCGUAACUCCAGCUACGCCAGCCAGCACAGCAAGAUCUCAGGCUACAGCACCGAGCACUCCUGCUCCUCCAGCCUGUCGGACCUCACGCAUCGCAGGAACACCUCAACAGGAAGCAGCACUUCUGGGGGCUUGGCCAUCACGGCCGACACGCCAGCAGAGGGAGACAAGGACGCUGGACGUCCGGAAAGGCCCCCACGACCGCCGCGACCCGUGCUCCCCCCUAACAGGCCCCUCAGGAGGAAGCAGGACUCGGUGGAGACUCACCCCUCCUGGGUCAACGACACGCGCAUCGAUGCUGACGACGUGGUGGAGAAAAUCGUCCAGAGCCAAAACUUCGCCGAUAUCAACAACACUGAAGACAGUAACCUGCGUCUGUUCGUCAGCAGAGACGGAACCACGGCGCUCAGCGGCAUCAGGCUGGGGAACAGGGUGUCGGCCGGCGGCUACGAGCCCGUGGUGAUCGAGAGCCACUAAUGCGAGCGGCGUCUCCGUCUGCUGGUUCUCCUGGAGCUUCAGCUGGUCUGACGCCGUGAGGGGAGAACCCUGUCUGUUUGCACUUUAUGUGAAAGGGCUCUGUGACUGAGCGUUCGUGGUGUGCGCUGGUUCAGUCCAGGGUGGACCUGAGUCGUCUGCGUCCCCAGUGUGAUGCAGUAACUAGAGAUGAGCCACUAACGUGCAGAGAUGGAGCUCCUUGUCUCCUUCCACCUCAUUAUAUUUCUUCUCAGGCUUUUCUGUGUUUGUGCCUUUUCAGCCUUCAGUGCUGAGUCAUGUCACCAUGACUCACUGAGGCAGGACCCAGUGGAUGAGAGCUGGAGUCUGGUGAAAUUCAGUGGAAACAUUGUUUCAUCACUGGAAAACGUUCUGAUGUGAGUAAUGAAACGACGUUCGAGCCAGAUAGUGACGGGAUGAAGCCCCAGCUGCUGCUAAUGAGGUCAGGUUCCUGUAGCGGCGCCAUUUGAACAGCUCUUCAGAGGAAGCGACGGGGACAGAAUCCACUUCCUGUCUCCAGCCGUCAUGGACCCGGCCCGCUGCCCCAGCAGCUCCAACACUAACCCGAUGUCCAAUUCAUGGAACGCUCUGGGGUCCUUCUGUUUUCCUGAACCUGCCGUUUCCCUGUUGAUCGGGGAAACGCUGCAGAACCACUUAGUGCCUGAGAAGUUUCUCUUAAUGACCCGAAAGCACCGCAGGUGUUAAUGAUGGAGAUGAGAGAAAGGCCUUUCCCCUUUGUUACUUGUGUCACUGUUGUUUUUAGGCCCAGCGGUUCUGGAGGCUCUGCCCUUCACACAAACACUACAUCUGGACAGACUGGUUUUACUGGUUGCUGCCCCCUGGUGGAGCAGCUACUGGUUUUUAGUUUUGUGUUUCAUUUUAGGCUGGUUUGUUUACAGAUAAACAAAAACCCAAGACACUAAAUCCAGGAGGCGGAAAGGUUCCGCAGUGACCCGGAGGCCUCACCUCAGCAGCCAGCGGGCUGGUCGGUUCAGCUUUGAUGCCCACAGAGCAUUUUAAUCUGGAGAGACUUAAAGUCGUGUUUGUCUGUUUGAUAGAAUUAAACGCCAUUCUUCUUCACGGUUUAAGAAACGUGGCUGUUCUAAGAUUCUCUGUGGGAACAGUUCUGCUGUUUGCUAAAACGAGACCACAGAUCAGAGCACGUCGGGGAGAGUCUGUGCUCGAAUAAUUCGAGUCAAAGCCAGUCAUAUUCAUUUGACGGAAUCUUUGGUCCCUUUCACAAUAAAAGCCUGCUUUUAAGACUUUUAAUGUGCGUUCCUUUUGGCACAGAAUCAGACUUGAUGUCGUCACACUACACUGGGGAUCCCAGCUGCUCCCACCAGUUCUUUAGUCCAGCACACGUUGUCACGUUUGGGAUGAACCACUGAUCGUAGAGUCACAGCCGUUGGCUUCCAUUUAAAGCAUUUAUUUAUGUUUGUUGUAUUCUUGGGGGUUGGUUUUAAGCUACGCACACUCUCCUCCUCCGGCUUUGUUGUGUUAGUUCUAAACAAAGCUAGUAUAACCUGAGUUUAGUAGAACUGUUCUUCUCAUCGCUGCUUCAUUUUCUUUCUGCAGAAAUAAUUUGUAAACAAUAAAACACUUGAGUUUA